CGGCAGUGAGUGAGAGUGCCUGGCUGUCUCGGUGAGUGAGUGCCUGUCUCGGUGAGUGCUCGCUCUCCGUUCCGUGCUGCAGUUCCCGGGUGGCGGCCGGCAGGGGGCGCUGCGCUCGGCUCUCCCCGGGGAUCACACGUUGCUCCCGAGCGGGGCGAGUUUAGUAUAAGAAAGGUGACGUCAGAGCCGCCCCCCCCUCUUUCCGAGCCGAGCCCCUGAAAGUAACUCCGGAGCUGGAGAAUGAGCGGAGCCGCGGAGCAUGGCGAGCCCUGACUGCCGACAGCCCGCCGGACCCUAGCCGUGUGCCCGCACACCGCGCCAGGAGCGCCCCCGUGUGAUCCCCGCUGUGAGGCUGCACUAAGUGCCGGAGCCAUGGCCGGAGUCCCCCUGAUACUGCUGCUCUCCCUGGCGGCCCCCGUGCUGGCAUCGGUCCGGGCUCAGUUUUCUGCAGGUGGCUGUACCUUUGAUGAUGGCCCAGCGCCCUGUGAUUAUCAUCAAGAUCUGUAUGAUGACUUUGAUUGGGAUCAUGUUAGUGCUCAAGAGCCCCAUUAUUUGCCUCCAGAAAUGCCAAAAGGAUCAUACAUGAUCGUAGACUCUUCUAAGCAUGAUCCUGGAGAGAAAGCACGUCUCCAGUUACCUAUUAUGAAGGAAAAUGAUACUCAUUGUAUUGACUUCAACUACUUGCUCUACACUCAAAAACGAGAUCACCCAGGAACAUUGAACAUCUUUGUACGGGUGAACAAAGGACCACUCGCCAAUCCAAUCUGGAAUGUAACUGGUUCUACUGGGAAAGAUUGGCUGAGGGCUGAACUGGCUGUUAGCACUUUCUGGCCCAAUGAGUAUCAGGUUAUAUUUGAAGCUGAAGCUUCCGGAGGAAGGAGUACAUACAUUGCAAUUGAUGACAUCCAAGUUCUAAGCUAUCCUUGUGAUAAAUCUCCUCACUUCUUGAGACUCGGAGACGUUGAGGUCAAUGCUGGUCAGAAUGCCACGUUCCAAUGCAUUGCCACCGGGAGGGACGCUGUAAACAACAAGCUGUGGCUUCAGAGGCGUAAUGGAGAAGAUAUCCCUGUGGCCCAAACAAAGAACAUUAACCACAGAAGAUUUGCUGCCUCCUUUAGAUUACGUGAGGUUACAAAGGCAGACGAAGACCUGUAUAGAUGUGUAACACAGUCAGACAGAGGAUCGGGAGUUUCAAAUUUUGCUCAACUUAUAGUUCGAGAACCACCUCGACCAAUUGCCCCACCCCAGCUUCUUGGUGUCGGCCCAACAUACUUGCUUAUUCAGCUAAAUGCCAACUCCAUAAUUGGUGAUGGUCCAAUCAUUUUGAAAGAAGUGGAAUACAGAAUGACCACUGGAACUUGGACGGAAACCCAUGCAGUGAAUGCACCCACUUACAAGCUUUGGCACUUAGAUCCAGACACUGAAUAUGAGAUACGGGUUCUUCUAACUAGACCAGGAGAAGGUGGCACAGGGCAAUCUGGUCCUCCACUCAUUACAAGGACCAAGUGUGCAGAGCCGAUGAGGACACCCAAAACUCUGAAGAUAGCAGAGAUCCGGUCUACACACAUUGCUGUUGAUUGGGAAUCUUUGGGCUACAAUAUUACUCGUUGCCAUACCUUCAAUGUGACCAUUUGCUAUCAUUACUAUCAAGGGCAUGGGGUGAACAAGGCAGAUUGUCUGGAUAUGGACCCCAAGGCACCACAACAUGUGGUAGACCAUCUCCCACCUUAUACAAACGUGAGCUUGAAGAUGAUCCUAACCAAUCCAGAGGGGAGAAAAGAAAGCGAGGAGACCAUUAUCCAGACUGAUGAAGAUGUACCUGGACUUGUCCCAUUCAGUUCGCUGAAGGGCACGCCGUUUGAAGACAAAAUCUUUCUGAAUUGGAAGGAGCCUAUUGAGCCAAAUGGCAUUAUCACUCAAUAUGAGGUCAAAUACAACAGUAUUCGAUCAUUUGAUCCAGCUGUUCCAGUGGCUGGACCUCCUCAGACUGUUACUAAACUGUGGAACAGCACCCACCAUGUGUUCUCUCAGUUACACCCUGGAACUACAUACCAGUUCCUUAUAAGGGCUAGCACUGUGAAAGGUUUCGGGCCAGCAACUGCAAUGAAUGUGACCACCAACAUAUCAGCUCCAACACUUCCAGACUAUGAAGGUGUGGAUGCGUCACUCAAUGAAACUGCUACUACCAUUACAGUUCUGCUGAGACCUGCGCAGGCCAAAGGAGCUCCUAUCAGCGCUUACCAAAUAGUAGUGGAAGAGAUGCACCCUCACAGGACAAAGCGAGAGACCGGGGGAAUGGAAUGUUACCAAGUUCCAGUUGCAUACAACAAUGCCGGCAGCGGGGCAUCCCCAUACUAUUUUGCAGCCGAAUUGCCACCUGCUAACCUUCCUGAAGCUGCUCCAUUCACUGUUGGUGAUAAUAGGACUUACCAAGGCUUCUGGAAUCCACCUCUAGCCCCUCGUAAAGGAUAUAACAUCUACUUCCAGGCAGUAAGCAGUGUUGAAAAGGAAACUAAAACACAGUGUGUUCGGAUUGCUACAAAAGCUGCAACAACAGAAGAACCAGAGGUGAUCCCUGACCCGGCCAAGCAGACAGACCGUGUAGUGAAAAUAGCUGGCAUUAGUGCAGGCAUUCUGGUAUUCAUCCUGCUUCUUCUCGUUGUGGUUUUAAUUGUCAAAAAGAGAUAUAUUACAUGGAGAAGAAACUUCUGCAUUAGAAGCAUUAGGAGGACCUACUAUUCUUACUCCUACUACCUCAAACUGGCCAAGAAGCGCAAAGAUGCCAUGGGUAAUGCACGCCAAGAGAUGACACAUAUGGUGAAUGCUAUGGAUCGGAGCUAUGCAGACCAGAGCACACUACAUGCUGAAGACCCUUUGUCUAUUACUUAUAUGGACUCUCAUAACUUCAGCCCUAGAUAUGAAAACCACACCGCCACAGCAGAGUCUAGCCGCCUUCUGGAUGUCCCUCGUUACCUGUGCGAGGGAACAGAAUCUCCAUACCAGACAGGACAGCUUCACCCAGCAAUCAGAGUAGCUGAUUUACUACAACACAUUAAUCUCAUGAAGACUUCAGACAGCUAUGGAUUUAAAGAAGAGUAUGAGGGUUUCUUUGAGGGACAGUCUGCUUCGUGGGAUGUUGCUAAGAAAGAUCAAAACAGGACAAAGAACAGAUAUGGGAACAUCAUUGCCUAUGACCACUCUCGAGUUAUUCUCCAACCAGUAGAAGAUGAUCCCUCUUCUGAUUAUAUAAACGCAAACUAUAUUGAUAUUUGGCUGUACAGGGAUGGGUACCAAAGACCAAGUCACUAUAUUGCAACACAAGGCCCAGUUCAUGAGACAGUAUAUGAUUUUUGGAGGAUGAUUUGGCAAGAGCAGUCUGCUUGCAUUGUUAUGGUUACAAACUUAGUUGAAGUUGGCCGGGUUAAAUGCUACAAGUACUGGCCUGAUGACACAGAGGUCUAUGGUGAUUUUAAAGUUACAUGUGUUGAAAUGGAACCGCUAGCAGAGUAUGUCAUCCGGACAUUCACCUUGGAAAGGAGAGGAUAUAAUGAGAUCCGGGAAGUUAAACAGUUUCAUUUUACUGGCUGGCCAGACCACGGAGUUCCUUACCAUGCCACGGGUCUCCUCUCCUUCAUUCGGCGAGUGAAGCUGUCCAACCCUCCAAGUGCUGGCCCCAUUGUGGUUCACUGCAGUGCCGGUGCUGGACGGACUGGUUGCUACAUUGUUAUCGACAUCAUGCUGGAUAUGGCUGAGCGGGAAGGUGUGGUUGACAUCUAUAACUGUGUGAAAGCCUUACGUUCCCGACGCAUCAACAUGGUGCAGACAGAGGAACAAUAUAUUUUUAUCCAUGAUGCCAUCCUAGAGGCCUGCCUUUGUGGUGAAACAGCCAUCCCAGUGUGUGAAUUCAAAGCUGCAUACUUUGAUAUGAUUAGAAUAGAUUCACAGACCAACUCCUCCCAUCUGAAAGAUGAAUUCCAGGUAUUGUCAACCCUGAAUUCCGUGACCCCACGACUACAAGCAGAAGACUGCAGCAUAGCCUGCCUGCCAAGGAACCACGAGAAGAACCGCUUCAUGGACCUGCUGCCUCCAGACAGAUGUCUGCCUUUCUUAAUUACCAUAGAUGGGGAGAGCAGCAAUUACAUCAAUGCAGCACUCAUGGAUAGCUAUAGACAGCCAGCUGCCUUCAUUGUAACUCAGCAUCCCUUACCAAACACUGUGAAAGACUUCUGGAGAUUAGUAUACGACUAUGGAUGCACAUCCUUAGUAAUGCUUAAUGAAGUUGAUCUGACACAGGGUUGUCCCCAGUAUUGGCCCGAGGAAGGGAUGUUAAGAUAUGGCCCCAUCCAGGUGGAAUGCAUGUCAUGUUCAAUGGACUGUGAUGUCAUUAACAGAAUUUUUAGGAUAUGCAACUUGACCAGACCUCAGGAAGGGUACCUGAUGGUACAACAGUUUCAGUACUUGGGGUGGGCAUCACACCGGGAAGUGCCAAGUUCCAAAAGAUCUUUCCUGAAAUUGAUUCUGCAAGUUGAGAAAUGGCAGGAGGAGUGUGAUGAAGGGGAAGGACGGACAAUUAUUCACUGCCUAAAUGGUGGAGGACGCAGUGGAAUGUUCUGUGCCAUCAGUAUUGUGUGCGAAAUGAUCAAACGGCAAAAUGUGGUAGAUGUUUUUCAUGCUGUGAAAACCUUGCGCAACAGCAAACCUAACAUGGUCGAGACUCCGGAACAAUAUCGUUUCUGCUAUGAUGUUUCUCUGGAGUACCUUGAAUCGUCAUAGUCGAAAGUGCCAAUUUAAAGCCCUGUCAAUUGCUCCAACAGCGGCCACUCUCUAGCUACAAACAAAAUCAUUUUUACAUGGGACCUUUUAAGUUUUAACAAAGAAAAGAAAAAAAAAAAAAAAACUAUGAACAUUAUUAAAAAUAAAAAUGAAAAAAACUAAAGAAACAAGUAUUUUUGUUAUGGAUUUCUGUAUCUUCAUAAAGACUUGAGCUGUUUCUAUGACUGUAUACAGUAUUGCUGGAUAUAGUGCCACUCGAUCACAAAAUGGGAAUUUGAAGCCGGGCAACGUCUCUGCUUGACAAGGAUUUGUACGUAUUUGUAUAUGCAGCCGUCUCACGAGACCACUUUCAAGCCAAUCCGUUGCAUGUAAUCUCUAUUUACGAAGUGGCAGUUUUCUCUCUUUUAUUAUGAAUAUUUUUUUUUACAUAAAAAGUUGUUACAAAAAAAAAAAAAUACACUAAAUAAACUUGUGCAGAUUGCUAGUAAAUGCAUUCUUCUAUACAUUUCAAGUGCGCCAAUGAUCUGUACCCGGGCUUAUGUUUUUUUGUUUGUUUCUUUGUACAUUGAUGGCUGGAUCAUAUAUACAUAUAUAUAUAGUUAUACAUUCUUUUCACAGAAUCCCAGACAUAAGCCAAAGAGUCAGUUGUAAAUAUGUCAAUAUGGAGAAAGCACACUCUGUAUUUAUUGCUUAUUUACAUUCCUUCUUUUAAAUGACUUAGGAUACAUGUUUGUUUUUAUUUUAUCCUGAGGGAAGCUUUAGCUGAAACUGACGGUUUAUUUUGUAUGUAUCGCUUGUAAGUGCAAGGCCCCCAUUUCCUGCACUAACCCUCACUGUUUAGAGGUGUUUUGUUGUAUUCAUGAUUGUGAACAAAGUAUAUGUAAAUUGGUUUGGUUUGGGACUGUUUUUUUACCUUUCAGUAUCAAGGCACGGUUAACACCUAACAAUGAUAUGGCUAAUCUUAUGGAUUGUAAUUCCUAAAGUAUCUGCCAGUCAAAGUUAGCCAUCGCUGCCUUGUGUUGUAAUUCAUUACACUAUCUUUGGAGAUGAGCAACUGCAGGCAAGAAAGUUGAUAUGUAAGUAGCAGGAACAUUUCUUGUCACAGGUGUACUCCACAGCACUUUUGAGGCACAUGCUCUUGAAGUAGGAAUUCAAAAGGUUAAAGACCGGACCAAACUGACAACUAACUAUUUUUUUAACCUGCAAAUAGUAACUAUGGAUUAAAUGAAGGUGGUAAAUGCCACAUGGAAAAUUAAUGCUUACACAACUUAACCCUGGUUAGUUUAAAACAAAAUAAUAAAACACAAUCUGCAACAUGGUGACCAAGAGAAAGGUAGCGCUUGAACAACACAUUGUAACAAAUUGUCUCUGUUGAUGUUUUCAAACUUUGUAAGCUUUGGGCAAUCUGCAAAACCGAAUCAAAUAAAUAAAUGCCAGAUUCCA